AACGGUAAACUCAAAUCGCAAAGUCAAAUAAAAUGCAAAAGGCAAAGUAAAAAAAAAAAGUGUAAACAUCGUCAAAAACGCUCAACAAAAAAUUCGCCUUUUACACGAUUUAAAUUGAGCGUUUACGCAUUCGAUAAUUUCAUCCAUCCAAAAACAAAGGAAAAUAAUAAAUUAAACAAGUAAAAUAAUAUAAUUAACAAAUGAAAUAAAUAAGACACAAAACUAAACGAAUACAAACGCGCGCUCGAAGCAGUAACAGAAGCAGAAGCAGCGCCGCAACACCCACUCCCACACACACAUCCCCACACACACCAAUUCAAUCUCAGCCUCACGCUGGCGAAUCGCAGUGGCAGCAACAACAACAGAGGUGGCGACACCGGUGCCGUUGGAGGAGGGGACGGAGGACACGCAGGUCCUUCAGUGGGCAAUGCAUCCAACCGAAACAACAAUAAUGGCGGAGGAGCAGGCGGUGGUGGUGGUAACGGAGGAGGCGCUGGCGCCGAAGCAAACGGCGGCGGUGGAGUAGGCGGUGGCGGCGGCGGUGCCAAUGAAUGGAAUCCCGAGGAAAUGGACCGCUUCAGCUUCGAUGACUCCAUCCGCUUUGAGGAGGACUCGCUAUGCAGCUGGAGUUCAGAACCCGAAUCGUUGUGCAACAAUUGGCGCGGCUGGAAGAAGCCCACCAAUGCGGCUGGUGGACCUGGAGCCGGACUCGGCUCCAUACCCAUGGCUCCAUUUGGAUCGGUUGGCGGACUCGGAUCCGGCGCACCAGGCUCCUACGGACCGGGCGGCAGCAGUUCAGCUAUGGUAACGAUGUCAGCUUGCGGCAGAUAUCAUGAGGUUUCCACAUUGGCCGAACUGUCAGCCCGCUGUGUCGCCUCCUACAUACCAUUCGAGCUGGUGGAGCAUGUAUAUCCGCCAGUGCCGGAGCAACUGCAGCUGCGUAUCGCAUUCUGGAGCUUUCCCGACAAUGAGGAGGACAUACGGCUGUACUCCUGCCUGGCUAAUAGCUCGGCGGAUGAGUUCAAUCGGGGCGAUCAGCUGUUUCGCAUGCGAGCUGUCAAGGAUCCCCUGCAGAUAGGCUUUCAUCUGUCGGCCAGCGUGGUUAAUCAGACGCCGCGUGCGUACUUUAAUGUGGCGGUGACCUUCGAUCGACGUCGCAUCUCCUCCUGCAAUUGUACGUGCACCUCAUCUGCAUACUGGUGCUCCCAUGUGGUGGCAGUCUGUCUGCAUCGCAUUCAUUGCCCGCAGGAGGUCUGCCUGCGUGCACCUGUCUCCGAGUCCCUGACACGCCUCCAAAGGGAUCAGCUGCAAAAGUUUGCCCAAUAUUUAAUCAGUGAGUUGCCGCAACAGAUUCUACCCACAGCACAGCGGCUCCUGGAUGAGCUGUUGAGUGCCCAGCCAACGGCCAUCAAUACGGUAUGCGGGGCACCAGAUCCAACGGCGGGCGCCUCGAUAAAUGAUCAAACCAGCUGGUAUCUGGACGAAAAGACGCUGCACAACAACAUAAAGCGGAUACUCAUCAAAUUCUGUCUGCCCGCCCCCAUUGUAUUUAGUGAUGUCAACUAUCUGACCAAUUCGGCACCGCCAGCAGCUGCCGAAUGGAGCUCACUGCUGCGACCGUUGCGCGGCAGAGAGCCCGAGGGCAUGUGGAAUCUGUUGUCGAUUGUGAGGGAGAUGUACAGGCGCUGCGAUCGCAAUGCGGUCCGCUUGCUGGAGAUCAUCACGGAGGAGUGCAUGGCCUGCGAUCAGAUACUCAUCUGGUGGUUCCAAACGAAGCUGGCCCUGAUGAUGGGCUCGCAUGGCCACAGCGGAGGCAAACACUCGAAUACGCACUCCAAUUCGACGGCCCUGCAGCAUGCGUGCAGCUCGCUAUGCGAUGAGAUUGUGGCACUGUGGCGGCUGGCCGCUUUGAAUCCCGGCCUGGCGCCGGACGAGCGGGACAUGCUGCAUGCUCAGUUCACGGCCUGGCAUCUGAAGAUACUCGAUCGGGUGGUGAAGAGCCGCAUGAUGCCCUCAUCGUACACGAACAAGCAUCAGAUAAACUCACGCUCGGACACGGAGCUCUUCAUCGGCUUUAAGCCGGCCAUUGAGGCGUGCUAUUUGGACUGGGAGGACUAUCAAAUACCUGGUGUAACCCACACACACGACACGAAUCCCAUUUACUAUUCCCCCUUCACAUGUUUCAAGCACACGGAGAUCAAGGGCGAUGGCGCGGCCAUUCCACCGGGCACGCUCAUUGCCACCCAGGCCCUGAUGAGCAACAACAAGCACUACAACUACUUCAGCUCCUCCAAUGAGCAUGGCACUGGCCUGCAUCCGGGCGCCUUCAAGCAGCGCCUGGAUCGACCCUUUCGCGAGCGACUCUAUGCCAGCCCAGCGGACCUGGAGGCGUCUGCAAUCCUAGCCGGUGCGAGUCGACAAUACUCCUCGGGUCUGGGACUGGCCGCCGCAGCAGGAGGUGGCAGCGGUGUGGGCGGAGUGGCGGCUGUUAACGGACUAGCAGGCACCGGCGGUGGUGGCAUGCCCAAUGGCGACGCAGAUGCCGCACAACAGCAAAUGCCAAGCACCUCGGCGGGUGGAUCGGGAACGGGCGCAAAUGUCGUCGGAGGAGGAGGAGCAGGAGGAGGCGUCGGCGGUGGUGGCGGAGGCGGCGGCGGCAUACGAAGAGCAGCAGCAGCAGCAGCUGGUCGUGCCGAUGGCAAUCGUUCGAGUGCCAGCAGCGAAGGAUUCUGCGAGAAUGACGAUUUUGGAGGCGACAACAGCAGCAGCCACAAUUACUGCACCCCGGCGCAGGCUGUGCCCGGGCAGAAGUCCACCCUGACGGAGUCCGAUUCGCAGAGCAGCUUCGAUGCCGUCUCCCAGCAGAGCAAGGGCGACCCGGGCCUGGGGCCCGGCGAAGUGGGUGCCGGCGGUGUGGGUGGAGCUGGUGAGCAGGGAGUUUGCUCCACCUCGGACACCUCGUCGGCAUCGUCCUCCUCGUCGGCAUCAACGGCAUCGGGCAGCUCGAACAGUUCGACAUCGUCCAUGCUGAUGGCCGGACAGGAAGCAGUUGUGGCCGCCCAGCAGCCAGCGCGAAGGCUCAGCAAGGACGAGUCCUUUAGCAGCAGCAGCGAUGACUUUGCCCAAGCAGCGGUGGGCAGAGGCGGAGGCGGAGGAGGAGCCAUGCCACCUGGCAACGGCGGUGGGGCAGGAGUAUCCAUACCGCCGGGCGGCGAUCUAACGCCUGUGCCCAGCACCUCGGCAGCGGCUCGAGCGGCACUGGCAGCGGGUUCCAGUGCCACAGCCAUGGUACAGGCAGCCGUGCAGACGCCACACCUGCCAGGAGCAGGCAUUGGCAUCGGCAUGGGCAUGGCCAUGGGCAUAGGACUGGGCAUGAGCAUGGGAUUGGGAGCAUCAUCGUCGCUGAAUGCCUCCCAUCCGCCCAGCGGCAGCAGCGUCUCGCAAUCAAAUUUUGCAGCAGCCCGUGCCCUGGCGGCCGCCGUGGCGGUGGCCCACGACAAGCCGCACAUCUUCUCGAAUGUGCGGCCCACAGAGGAUGCGUGGGACAUACUGCUGGCCCGUGCCGAGGGACUACAUGCCCAUGGACAUGGCCAGGAGGCGUGCAUACUGGCUGUGCGUCUGGCCGAACAGAUGCUGGCCAAUCCGCCGAAUCUGUUGCUGGAACUGCCGCCGGUGCCCAAGCGGAAGGGCAAGAAGCAGAACGUCAAUCCGAUCUCCCAUCAGCUGACGGUGGUGGCCUCGGCCACGCUCUCCAAAUGCGCCUUCCUCUGCACGGUGCUGUCGGAGAACUCGGAGCACUAUCACAUUGGCUUUCGGAUUUGUCUGUUCGCGCUGGAGAUGCCCAGGCCGCCGGCCAGCACGAAGCCGCUGGAGGUGAAGCUGGCCAAUCAGGAGGCGGACAUUCUGGCGCUACUCAAGCGCCUGCCCCUGGCCGCCGCCGAGUUGCAGGUGAUACGCGAGCGGGCCGAGCAGCUCCGCAGCGGCACAUUUAAGACCCGCGGCGAGGCACUGCUGCCCAUCAAUCUGGCCACCUUCAUCUUUGAUGCUUUGGUCACGCUCAGCCAGCAGAGCGGCGGCCUGGGCACCAGUGGCGCAUCGGGUGCGGGUGCGCUGCCCAACAAGAGCCUGGUCACCUGCGGUUCACGGCUGCUCCUCUACAAGCAGAACAACGACGAGAAUCUGGGCUUUGAGGCGGCGGUGGCCGCACUGGGACUGAAGGCGAAUGUCUCCGAGGCCGAGCAUCCGCUGCUGUGCGAGGGCACGCGACGACAACGCGGGGAUCUGGCUCUGACGCUGCUCUACCACUACAAGGAUGAGCCCCGAAAGAUAGCCAAGAUAAUGGAGAAGCUGCUGGACAGGGAUAUACACACACUGCUGAAGGCGCCGCUUCUCUCUGCCUACUACUCCAGCAAUCCCCCCGUGCGGACGCCCAGCAAUCAGCCCUCACGGCGCGAGGAGCACGACUAUGGAGGUGGUGGCAGUGGCAGCGGCGGAUCUGGCUGCAGCGGAGGCGCAUCAUCGAGCUGUAAUCCCGGCUCGGGUGUUGUCAAUCUCUGCGAGCUGUUGCCGGCGGACUAUGGCAGUGUCGGAGGGAAUAGUCGGCCCCACAGCUCGACCAGCGCUGAGCUGGAGUUGAGCAUGUGCGCCUUGAGCAUGGCCAGCAGCAGUGCGGGCAGCCAGUCCGGGCAGGGCAUUGUGCCCGGAGGAGGUGGAGCAGGAGGACAGGCGGGCAGCUCGGGAACGGGCGCCAAUGCUGGGGGCAGCAACAGCAACAACAACAACAAUCCCAAUGGUAACCCCACAGGCUCCGGCGGAGGCAACAGCAAUGGCAGCGGCCGCAGCAAGGAGAGCCGCUACAAGGGCAAACGUGCCUACCCCUCGAUACCCAACCAACCAUCGGAGGCGAGCGCCCACUUUAUGUUCGAGCUGGCCAAGAACGUGCUGACAAAGGCCGGUGGCAACAGCUCCACGUCGCUGUUCACGCAGGCGAGCACCACCCAGAAUCACCAUGGACCCCACAGGGCGCUGCACAUGUGCGCCUUUCAGCUGGGUCUCUAUGCCCUCGGGCUGCACAACUGCGUCAGUCCCAACUGGCUGUCGCGUACGUACUCGUCGCAUGUCUCGUGGAUACUCGGCCAGGCCAUGGAGAUCGGGGCGCCGGCCAUUAGUUUCCUCAUAGACACUUGGGAGGCACAUUUGACGCCGCCGGAGGCUGCUGGCAUGGCGGAUCGUGCCUCACGCGGCUGGGACAGCAACAUGGUGUAUCCGGCCGCUGAGCUGGCAUUGUCCGUGCUCCCACAUGCCGCCGCACUCAAUCCGAAUGAGAUACAGCGCGCCAUACUGCAGUGCAAGGAGCAGAGCGAUCUCAUGCUGGAGCGUGCCUGUCUCACCGUUGAGACGGCCGCCAAGGGCGGUGGCGUCUAUCCGGAGGUGCUCUUCCAGGUGGCACGCUACUGGUACGAGCUGUAUAUGCGCGUCUCCCCCAACAACAGCGAGCACGAUCAGCACGAAGAUCCCAUGGACCAUUCGGCGGUUAGUUUGAGCGCCCUCAUCGAGUCCCAGCAGCAACAUGAGAUGCAGCAGCAAGUGGCGGCACACCAGCAGCAACAGCAGCAGCAGCAGGCGGCGGCCCAGCAGCAGCAACAGCAGCAGCAGCAACAGCAGCAGCAGCAGCAGCAACAACAGCAACAGCAACAGCAGCAGCAACAGCAGCUGGGAAUGUCGAAUCCUGGGGGACCUGGAGCUGGUCCCCUGUCCGUGGCCGUGCCCUCUCCAGUGGUUACAUCCGUAAACACGCCGCAGGCCUUCCAGCCUGGCGUUGGUGUGGGUGUUGGUGUAGGUGUGGGCGUGGCCGCUCUGGCGCCCAUCGGUCUGGCACCAUACGCGCCGUACAGCUUCUGCCAGGGCAUCUAUGCGCACCACCACAACAUCAGCUAUCCGCCGGGCCAGAUGCAAAUGUACAUCUCCGCGGGUCCACCACCACCGCCCCAAGCCUAUGCCGGAUACCAGCAGCAGCCGCAGCAGCAACAGCCGCCGACACAGCAGCAGCAGCAACAGCAGCAGCAGCAGCAGCAACAGGUGCAGAUGUCUGGGCAGGCGCCACCCGGUCAUCAGGUGCAGGGCCAUCAGCCGCCACCUGGCAGCUUCCAGGCACCGCCACCGGGCGCUUUUCAGGCACUGCCGCCACAGGCGUAUCAGGCCCUGCAGGCGGGACCUCCAGGACCGCCAAUGGGGCCACCACAAGGCUACUAUGGACCGCCGCCGCCACCGCCGCCCAAUGGCCCACCCGUUGGCGUGGGUGUGGCCAUGCGACAACAUCAGCAUCAGCAUCCCGUGUAUCCAUUUAUGCAGCAGGCACCACCACCACCACCCCAGCAACAACAACAACAGCAGCAGCAGCAGCAGCAGCAGCAGCAACAACCUCCCUCCCAGCCGCAAGUGCGACAGCGUCAGCCACAUCAGUUUACAUCCACUCAGCUGCGUUACCUUCUGGCUGCCUACAAUGUGGGCAUGUUGGCCAUGGAGACGCUGGCGCGACGCGUGCACGAUGAUCGUCCGCAGGCCAAAUAUGCACGAAAUCCGCCAUAUGGCGAGGAUGUGAAAUGGCUGCUGAGGAUCAGCAAGAAGCUGGGCACCCAGUAUCUCCAUCAGUUCUGCAUCUGCGCCGUCAACUCGAUUGUGAGUCCGUUUGUGCUGCACGAUGUGGCCAUUGAGUCGGCCCACUAUUUGGGCAGGAAUAACCAUCAGCUGGUGAUGCAGCAUUUGCGUUCGGCGUUGACACCGCUUGUGCAAAAGUGUCAGCAAAUGUACAUCCAGUGCAUACACCAGAAGCUGUAUCAUCUGACUCAGGGGGACUAUGAGGAGUUUGCCAGCAUUGUGGUGGCCGCUAGGGCCGCCUUUCAGAUCACACCAGAGGGCAGUGCGCAGUUCAAGGACUGGCUGCAGUCCAUCAAGAGAUCGAAAUCGUGCAAGAAGGAGCUGUGGACACAGAUCAAUGCGGCGCUGCAGAGCAAUUCUAAAUGACAAAGACUUGACUCCUGCACUCUGAUGACGGCAGUGGCGAAUGCAACAGCAGCAGCGGCAGCGGUAACAGCAGCGGCCGGCAGCACAUCCACAACGACAAUUGCAACGGCCACCACAACGGGAUCGAAAACAGAUGCAGGUAGCAGUUCAGAAGCAAAACAACAACAGAACAAAUCAACAACAGCAGCAGCUGCGGCAGCAAUCACCAGCAGCAACGGCAGCAGCGGCAGCAACACGAACAAAACCAGCAAUGAUCCGGCAGGAGGCAAAGCCAUUCUACACAGGAAAACUCUACAUUAUCUACUGGAGACACCAACAACUAGCACAGCCACACCCACAGCAGCAACAGCAACAGCAUCUGCAAAAACAACUGCAGCGGGAACAACAACAACAGCGGCAGCAUCAGCAGCAGCAACAAGUUUAGCUCCACCUGUACAGGGUUUUGUGCGUCCACCCCUGCUGGGUGGUGGGCCAAUGCCACCAACAACAACCACACCGAUGGUGGGUCCACCAUUAAUACCGAGAUCAGCAGCUGCUGUGGCUGCAGCAGCAGCCUCCGUGCACGCUGCCUAUCAAUCGCUGACCUACUAUCAGGCGGCGAAUGUGGCGCGACAACUGGCCCAGCAUGCGCACAACCAUCACAACCAUGUGCACGGGCACCCGCUGGCGCCACAUGCACAUCCCCAUCAGUACCAGCUGCAGUCCCUCAGUCACUAUCAUCAGCAGCUUUAACAACGUGCCAGCGGCGCUGCCCCUGGCGCGCCUAAUCGCAUUCCUCCAGCGCUUUGGCAGUGGUGGCCACAAGGGCCCGGUUGCUGUCGACUGCAUCCGGCGGCAGCCGCUCUUGCAUCCGCUUGCCCAUGCGGCAGACCACAGCCAAAUAGCGGAGGAAAUGCACGUCGCCCGCCGCUACUGCCACUGCCGACAGGCGAGGGUCAUGCAAGUGAUGAUGGUGCUUCGGCCUCUUCUGAUGAUGGGCCUGCUAGUGGAGCAGGUUCUGCUGGUGCCCCUGCUAAUGAUGCUUCGGAUGCGGAUGCGGAUGCGGAUGCUUCGGAUGAUAACCAACCGGUGACGCCCACAAAAUCAAAAAAAUCAUCAUCAAAAUCUCCCAAAUCCCCAUAGUUGCCCCGCCACCAACACCAACCACCCAAACAUCCCUCUGAAACAACAACCACCGCACUUAUUUAAUUACAUAAAUAUUAUAUUUUACGUUAAUUUUUUAAUUCGAGUUUCAUUCGAAACUCCUUUCGUAAUUGUAUCGUAUGAAUUUCUUGUAACAAUUAACUACAGAUUUUGUGUGGAUUUUUGUGUGUGUGCUUAGGUUUGGGUUCGAUAUUUUAGACUGGGAGACACACACACAAAGAAAGCCACAAGAAGACAGACAGAGAGAAGAGAUGACGAAUUCUUUUUUCUUUUAUUUUGUCGUUUGAGAUUGUGUUCAGUUAAACUAACGUAUUUAUAGACGAUCUACCCAAUAGUUUUCUACCCCCUACCAUCUGUAUCUGUAGCUCUAACUACAUGCAUGUUUUUUUUAUACAUAUUACUAUUACUAUUCGAUCUUGAUUUAGAAUUAAUUUUCUCUUACUUAAGCCUAAAUCUAAUUUCUUUUAUUAAUUGUAUGAUUUAUAGGCAUAAGUCGAAGA